GUGUACUGUACGUGUAUUAAAUUCCUUCUUCACUCGUUCAGUUGUCAUUCAUGCACAGUGUGCGGUUCGCUGCACAGGUGGCUCUGUCUCUCCCCGUGUGUUUUCAGUUUUCUCGGUAGUUGCAUUGCAAAGUCCUGCAUAUCUCUGCUUCUCGUGCACUGUGUGUGUGGAUACAUUCUGCUGCAGGAUAGGGCCAGUUGAAUUCCACGCCAACAUGGCCAGGACUCUAGCACUUUCCGUGGGCUUGCUAGCCGUGCUCACGACACUUGUGGCGGGCCAGGGAGCCGAUUUCACGCUAGGCACGACCGACGUUCGCGGCGACGUGCCCCCGGUGAUCAACCAGCCCGAAGACCCCGUUCAGACCUCCAAUGACAUUAUCGAGCGCAACAGCGGCAUCAGCGUGGCCUUCGGCCGCUCCAAAGUCCUGGAUCCCGAGACCGAGUUGAAAAUCAACGUGCAGCCCGGUGACAUGUGCGUGGUUACCGUUCUGACCGACCCACUAUCGCAGAUCCCCGGCCGGCUGACCCCCAACCAAUUCCCCUGCGACUUCGGCCCCGGCGAUGUCAAGUACGUCCACUUCGGCUCCCGCAAGCCUAUGCGGGACCGCGUCAAGCUGCAGCUCCGCUACGACUCGGAGACCAGCACCAUCAUCAUCCCCUUCAUGAUCGACGUGACCGUGGAAUCCAAGCAGCUGGAGAUCAUGCAGAAGCGCGUCCCACUGAUGGUAGCUGAUUUGAUGGGACUCAGCGAUGUCUUGGACGGUUCCAAGCUGGAGUUCGCCUACGACCCCUCCCAGGUUUGCAAGGUGACCAUCCUGGGCUCUUCAAGUGGCUGGCCGCGCUACGGUGAGGUUGUCGGUGGAGAGGCAAUCCGGGGUACCAUGCAGGACUGCGCCGAUUUCUUGGACUUGGGACUUCAGUACAGACACACCUCCGCCAACGAUUCCCCUCGCAUGGACCACAUCCCCAUGGUUGUUGAACUUCAGGAUGAGAGUGGUAAUGUUGUACAGCAGGAGUACUUUCAGGUAGAUGUCAUCAUUGAGGAAGGAGCAGAGAACAACCCGCCUAGUUUCAGCAACAGUGUCAUGAUGAUUUUGGAGCUGAACCAGUUUGUCAUGACAGCCGUCACCCCAGAGAUCAUCGCUGCCGAAGACAUCGAGACAGACCCAGAUAAGUUGGUUUUCAAUAUUACUGUCCCUCUAGGCCCUAGUGAAGGUUACAUUACUAGCACUGAUGACCGCAACCUCCCCAUUUCCUCAUUCACACAAAAAGAUGUUCGUGACUUGAAAAUUGCUUAUGUCCCCCCAGCCAGUGACUCUGACGAGAUGAGAAUUUUCCAAUUUGAGCUUGAAGUUGUUGACUCUGAACUUGCUUCUUCUGAGCCAUUCUCCCUCAUGGUCGUUGUCAACCCUAAAAAUACUAUGGCUCCUGUUGCAACCAGAAAUGCAGGCCUUACAUUGUUUGAAGGUCAGUCCCGCCAGAUCCUCACAGACCAAAACCUUGAAAUUUCUGAUGAGAACAAUCUCUGGGAUGUUGUUAUUGCCCCGGUCAAUGGACCUUCCCAUGGUUUCCUUAGAGUAGAUGGCCAACCCCGAAAAUUCUUCACCACUGAUGAACUGAGAGCGGGCGUAGUCACUUACCACCACGAUGGGUCCGAAACCUACAGCGACAACAUAAUCUUUAGAAUGAAUGAUGGUAAAAAUGAAACCGAGUUCCUGUUCCCAAUCACUAUUGCCCCUCUCGAUGACCAGCCCCCUAUCAUCAAUGUUAACACUGGCCUUCAGAUUAGCAAGAAUGAACUGAAACCAAUUUCUGAGUUUGUGCUCAGUGCCACCGAUGUUGAUUCUGAUGACAGCACUAUCAGAUUCAUCCUUGAGCCCCCGUACUCCACCCAGGGCAACAUUGUCAUCCGCCAACUUGAAUUGCCACCUGAUCCCCAAAACUGGUCUUUCCUUGGUAACUACUAUGAGAGAGCCGUCACUGAGUGGACCCUGGACGACAUCCUCAACAAUCGUCUUUUCUAUCGUCAUAAUGGAGUUCACAACGCUGAUGUUGUUAUGGACAGAAUGCUCUUCCGUGUAGCCGACAGCAACCCAAACCUCUCACCUGUAUCUGAGUUUGUCGUGAAAAUCCUCCCCGUAGAUGACCAGCCGCCGUACUUGUACCCAGGCACCACACUGGACUUGUCUGUUGACGAGUUUGCCCUGUCUACUAUCAGGAAACUCAAUCUGCGGUACACUGAUCAAGACAGUGAAGACCGCAACUUGUACUACACUAUCACUGAUCCCCCAAGAGACACUGAUCCCAACAACCCACUUCCUGCAGGUCAAAUUGUCUUGAUUGAAAACCCUGAUGUUCCCAUCUCUAACUUCUACCAGAGCCAGAUCAACCACCUGAAGAUUGGCUACAAGCCUCCCACUGUCGAGCUUGGCAUCACUCCUCGCAACAUCCAAUUUGUCUUUGCUGUUCAAGACGAGGCAGGCAACCUUGUCUCCGGUCAGCACUUCUCAAUUCUGCUUCAUCCAGUUGACAACAAGCCUCCAUCUGUGACCAACACUGGCUUUACCGUGUCAGAGGGAGAGUCGAUUUUGGUGGACCUGACCAUGCUUGACGCUUAUGACACAGAUACUGACAAUAGUCUACUCACUUUUAACAUCAAGCAAAUACCAGCCUUUGGCAACAUUAUGAUUGAUGGAGUUCCCAUGCAGCCUGGAGACUCCUUCACACUUGAUGACAUCUCCCGAGGUGCUGUCACGUAUGAAAACAGUGGAGCUGAGGAGUCUGGUGAUGUCAUUGAUUUGGAGUUGACCGACGGUGUUCACAUUGUACCUGUAACUAUUCAAGUCAAUGUACGUCCUGUGGAUGAUGAAGCCCCUACUUUGGAUCUACCUCCAGGCACUCUGGGCUCUUUCCUCGAAGUUCCUGAGCAGUCAAGCAGUCUCAUCACUAACAACAUCCUCAGUGCAUCUGAUCCAGACACUGAGGACCUCCAGCUCACUUUCAUUGUCGAUCGUUUCCCCCGGGACGGCAUUUUGGAAAACAAUGGAUUGCCCCUCGUCUCCUUCACGCAGCAAGAUAUUGUCAAUGGUUACAUCCGGUACAGACACACUGGUGGUGAAAUAGGCCUUACUAAACGUGACGACUCCUUUAAUUUGACUUUGUCUGACAUGUCCGAUCGAUGGGUGAAAGACAGCACAGUCAUCACGCAGAUUGAAGUUUUUGUCACAAUUCUGCCGGUGGACAACUUGGCUCCUAAUGUAACAGUCGGUGCUCCAUUUGAUGUUGAUGAGGGCAGCAAAAAUACAAUAAAUCUGCAGUAUCUUGCGGCUACCGAUAUUGAUUCUGUCGAUGAUGAUAUCAUCUGUACGGUGAUCGUCCAGCCCAACCAGGGCUACCUAGAGAACAUCUCUCCUUCCCCUGGUUCGGAGAAGUCACGUGCUGGCAUCCCCAUCAGUGCUUUCUCCAUCAGAGAUCUUCGUCUUGACCACAUCAGCUAUGUCCAGAGUAUCCACCAAGGCACAGAGCCUAGUGAAGAUCAGUUCACCUUUGCUUGCUCUGAUGGUAUCAACCCAUCCCAGACUUUCUUCUUCCCCAUUGAAAUCAACCCAGUCAACGAUGAAGAGCCAAAGAUUUUUGUUAGAGAGUUUAUUGUUGAAGAAGGUGGUAUGAUAAAGAUCGAUCCAGUUUUGCUUAACGGCGUAGAUGAGGACAUUCCAGGUGAUAUUCUUGAAUUCCACAUUAUCGUCAAGCCGACACGAGGAGACAUCAUCCAGUCACGAGCCACCAUCGUCGUCCCAGUGAAGAACUUCACCUUGGAGCAGAUCCAGAGCGGUGUGGACAUCUUCUACAAGCACGACGGAAGCGAGACACAAUCAGACACUUUCACCGUUACCCUGACCGAUGGCGUCCACGAGGUGACUACUGAGGUGAACAUCAUCGUCGUGCCAGUAGAUGAUGAAACUCCGCGCUUGGCCAUCAAUGAUGGACUGGACAUGGAAAUCGGCGAAACCCAAAUCAUCACAAAUCGUAUCCUGCAGGCAACUGAUCUCGACUCGCCAGACUCUAACCUCACCUUUGUAGUCCGCUUUGAACCCCAAAAUGGUCUGCUGCAAAGGCUGAGCAAGUUUGAUGGCUCUGUCGUAGAGAACAUCACCCUGGGCAUGAACUUCACUCAGUGGGAGGUUGACAACCAGCGCAUACGUUACGUCCACACAGGCAAAGAAGGUGGCCGUGACCUCAUCAAGUUUGACGUCACUGAUGGUACCAACCCCCUGAUCGAUCGCUACUUCUACAUCAGUGUGGACCACAUCGACAACGUCCAUCCUGAUGUCGUCAAUGCUGGUGUGACGCUGCAAGAAGGAGGGCGUGUCACCCUGACUACUGACAUCCUCAGCACCAAUGACAUCAACAGCCCAGAUGAAGACCUACUCUUCACUAUCACUGAGGGGCCAAUCAAGGGUCACCUCGAGAACACCGAUAAUCCCGGUGUGCCCAUCACCUCAUUCACUCAGCUGGACCUAGCUGGCAACAAGAUCUACUACGUCCACACCCAAGAUGACGAAAUGAGAAUGGACAGCUUCCAGUUCCAGGUGACUGAUGGUUUCAACACUGUGGUCCGUACUUUCCGCAUUUCCCUCAGCGAGGUUGACAACAAGAAACCAGUCGUCACCUUCUCCCCAGUUACCCUGAAGGAGGGAGAGAACAAGCUGAUCACUCCCUUUGAGUUGCGAAUCGAUGACACCGACACCCUGGACCAGAACAAGCUGAAGUUCACCAUUACCCAGCUGCCUCUCCAUGGCAACCUCCUGAGAGACAACAACGAGAUUGUUACGAUGUUCACCAUGGCUGACCUGAACGAGAACCGCAUCAGCUACCAGCACGACGGCAGCGAGUCCUCUGAUGACAGCUUCUCCUUCAUCGUGACCGACGGCACCCACACAGACUUCUCCGUCGCACCCAACGUAGACGACUUCACCCGCACCCCACAGAAAAUGAACCUUCGCAUCGUUCCAGUCGACAACGGCAUGCCGCAGAUCGUGGUCAACCGUGGGGCACCGACGCUGAACAACCUGGGCUCUGGACAUCUGGGCUUCCUCCUGACCAGCAAGUUCAUCCGUGCUGAAGACCGAGACAGUGACAACACCCAGUUGAUCUACAUCAUCUCAACGCCGCCCAAGCACGGCUACCUGAUGAACCUGGCUCUUGGCAACAUCAGCAUCACCAACUUCACCCAAGCUGACAUUGACAACAUGCGCAUCCAGUACGUCGUCUACCCCAACACCAACGCCACCAGCGACAUCUUCUUCCUCAACGUCCGUGACCCGGUAAGUCCCAAAACAAAUUUCUCCCCCCACCCCACCCCACCUCUUUUACAAAAAAAGUUUAAGUGCUCCUUGGGGUUUCCAAGUCCUGUUCCCGAAUAUUAUUAUCAUUUUGUGCGAGUGUGCUGGUUUUUGGCAGAGAGAGCCCAGGGAGUAUACUUCAGCGAGUUAGUGAAACAAAUUGGGAGGCGGAUCAGAUUAUAUGGUUCCUGGUGUUGAUUUUCACCAUUGGUG